CGCCAUUCUCAUCCUCGAGCUCUUCUUCUGCUGCCUCAUUUUUGUUCAGCGUGAUGAUGACCUCGGAAGGGUACACCUCAGACACAUCCAUGUCCUCGCCAUUUUCUGAUUCCGAGUCGGGAGUCGGAGUGAAUUCAAACGAGGCUCCGAAAGUACCAUUGGAGCCAGUAGAAGGGUUGCCUCUUAUGAUUACUUAUGGACAAGAAUCCUCCAGUAAUGAUGAAUGGCAUGUCGUUGGAGAAGCAAAGACGAGGAAAAAUUCACCGUUCAUCACCAAAGUAUCGUCCUUGUUGUCACCAAGGCGUCUGGCUCGGCGACGUGCUGCAGCAAAAGAGGCAGCAGCAUCUCUCCAAUCGACUAAGCCUGAUGAGGAAACGGUUGCGGUAGCGAAGGCGAAAGAGCAUUCCGACGAGCUUCAGUCGAGACCUGGGCACAUUGAAGGGAUAUUAUCAGUGAAACGCACCUUCAUUUGCUUCGAGGAGGAGCCCACAGAUGAGUGUCUUUGUUAUCAUCCUGCUAUGAUGUCGAGAGAGGCUCCCUUCUGAGAUCUGCUUGUCGGUCGUUGGUGACGAUUUGUCAUGCUGCUUGUAUUCUAUUGUUUUUCUCUCUCCUCCUACAUACUGUCAGUCCUCUUGAAUCCUCAUGUCGAUGCGUACGAUGUGGCUGUCUCCCUUCCCGCCUGAGUGCGUUAUUUCUGUACCCUUUCGAGUAUAUCAGCGUAGCUCCGCUAUAUACUCGCAAGUUCGAGAAGCUUUUCCUCAAGCGCUAUGACGACCCUCUAGAAUUUUUAACUCUGCGAUAUACA